GCGGCGGCGGCGGAGGAGGAGGCGCAGAGCCCGGAGGCGCCUCGACGGGACGGAGCGGAGCGCCGCGCGGAGAAGAGCCAUGGACGGGCGCGGACGGGGGCAGCAGCAGCAGCGGCGGCCGCGAAGAGGCGGAGGAGCGGGAGGCAGAGGCAGAGGUGACAGCCCCAAUUGAAUAAUAAUAAGAAGAAGAAGAAUGUAUUAUUUCCACCCCGCCCUUCUGGCUGGGAUUCCCCAGCCACUCUGGGCGGCUUCCAACAAAAGAUGAAAAAUACAGUGGUACCUCGGGUUACAGACGCUUCAGGUUACAGACUCCACUAAGCCGGAAAUAGUGCUUCAGGUUCAGAAACUUUGCUUCAGGAUGAGAACAGAAAUCGGGCUCUGGCAGCGUGGCAGCAGCGGGAGGCCCCAUUAGCUAGAGUGGUGCUUCAGGUUAAGAACAGUUUCAGGUUAAGCACGGACCUCCGGACCGAAUUAAGCACUUAACCCGAGGUCCCACUGUACAUUGAAACAUCAGUCCUUGAAAGCGGCUGGCCGGGCCAGAGCGGAGGAGAAGCGCAGCUUUCCGGGACCGGGACCGGGGUCGGAGGCUCUGCUCCAAGCCUGCGCUUCUCGCCAGAACAGCGGGAGGAUCCUACAACUGGGAAGAGGGAGGGGACCCCCAGGGGUCAUCUAACUGAACCCCCGCAAUGCAGGACGCGGAGGAUCCCUGGCGGAUGGCGUCCAGCCUCCGGUUUCAAGCCUCCGAGGAAGGAGGGUCCGCCCCUCCCGGAGUCCGAAGAGGGGCUUCUGCGCCUCGCAGGGCGACCACGGGCUGGCGGGGGGGGGGGGGAGGCGUCUCAGGUUCGGCGUGAGCGGAGAGCACCGGUCUUCUCCCUUCUGCCGCACCGGGAUGAGAAAGCGGAAAAAGGAGCCGAGCAAUUGCUUCAGCUUUGGCGGCUGGAUCUGGUCCAGCGUCCUCUUCCCGCCGGGGAAACCCCGUCCUGCGGCUCCGGCUCUUGGCAACGGGAGGUUGGGCCACCCCGCCCGGCCCGGCUCUCCGCCCCCCCCCCCCGCCCGGUCCAUCGUUUCUGGGGGAGGAGCCGCCAAAUGGGAGGAGGAGGAGGAGGAGGGAGCCGCCCAGUUCCCUCCCAGAUCCCUCUGGAUGCGGCCCCUGGGUGGAGAAUUCAGUCCCUGCCUAACUUUGGAGGGGCGAAGCCAAAGUUAUCCCCUGAAGGGGGAGGGGGCAGAAGGGGGCAUCACCCACCCAGGCGAAGCACAGCUUGGGCUUCUGCCCAGAGACUCUCCAACUCCCCUCUUUUCCUUCUGCAGAGCCUCAAGAUGGAGGAGCCUCCCAGCAGAACGCAAGUGGGCAGCGUGAGGGGGGCCCUGGCCCUGGCCCUGGCAGAGCUGCGGAGCGGAGGGCUGGCAGUGGCCGGACCCCCCACCAGGACGGGGCGCGCAACCCCAGCAGGCCGGCUGAGGGGGCACCCAGGCGGCCGGGGGCAGAGGGGAACCGUUUCCCUCGCAGAGGGGGCGUCUGGCCUGGGGCUGAUCCGAGGGAGGAGCGGAGGGCUGGGGGACAGAACCAGGGAGGGCCGGCCAGGGAUGGCCCAGGAAGGCAAAGAGGGGGGGCCCCAAACGCUGACCCCACCCAGCGGCCCCACGCAGGGCCAGGAGGCUCUCCGCAGCAGCGAGGCCCGAUGAUCGGCACCCGCUUCCUCCGUGAACUCCUCGAGAAGGACCCUUCGGAGGUGGCCAUCACGCUGGCUUCCAGCCCCCGCCUGCGGGAGGCGCUCUCCCCAGUUGCCAUGAGGCCGGACAUGGUACAGCUGCUGUGCCAGGUUCUCCGCAAGGCCUGCCUCUCCCGCAUGGACCGCCAGAGCAUUCAGCGGCUGCUGGAGACGGUGAAGGAGUCCUCCUUCCUCCGGGUCUGCCUGCCCCAGUACGUGGCCGACAUGCUGACGGAGGCCCGGCCAGAGGUGCGGCACCAGUGCCCCCAGCACAUUGCCAGCGUGGUGGCGCUGGUCCAGGAGCUGGUCAGCAUCUUCCCGGCCAGCUCCCUCCAGAAGGUGGCCCUGCUGAUGUCUGUCCUGCCGGGCUCCGUCAACGGCCUCCAGGCCCUGGGGGUGGACUUCCCGGAGGAGCUGGACCAGAGUCUGGAGAAGCUGCAGGGCUUCAUCCAGCACCUCCAGGAGCGGCGGCGCGAGGGCACCUUGCGGGUGGACAGCUGCACCCUCCUCCAGCCCACCGCCCCCGGCGAGGAAGGGGAGUACCGCGCCAUGUCCAUCUACCCCACCUACGAGGAGGUGAACCGCGGCCAGAAGCCCUUCCUGCGCCCCAACCUCAUCAGCCAGCCCUACGAGAGCCCCGCCGUUUACCUGGACACCCACUUUCGCCUCCUGAGGGAGGACUUUGUCCGGCCGCUGAGAGAGGGCAUCCUCCAGUUCCUCCAGAGCUUUGAGGAUGCCGGCCCGGGCAGGAGGAGGUUUGACGACAUCCGCGUGUACCUGGACGCCCGGAUCCUGGCUCCGCUCUGCUCCCGGACCGGCAUUGACUACAAGGUGCACUUUGAUUCCACGCCGCUGGGCGCCGUCCGGUGGGAAAACUCCAAGCGCCUGCUGUACGGCUCCCUGGUCUGCCUGUCCAAGGACAACUUUGAGACCUUCCUCUUUGCCACGGUCUCCGACCGGGAGCCCCAGGAGCUGCGCAAGGGCUUUGUCCACCUCUCCUUCGCCGCCCACAGCCAGGCCCUGCUGGCCGAGGUCCAGCCCUCCGACUCCUUCGUCAUGGUGGAGACCACCGCCUACUUUGAGGCCUACCGACACGUCCUGCAGGGGCUGCAGGAGCUGCGAGAGGAAGACGUCCCCUUCCAGAGGUACAUUGUCCACUGCGAGGCCCAGGUGAGGGAGCCGGCGUACCUGCGGAGGGAGCCGGGAAGCAGCCUUUAUGACCUCAGGUGCCUGAUGACCAAGCCCCCCCCUGCUGGGGCGGAAGGAGCCCCUGAGGGCCGUGUGGACGUGCUGGACGCCUCCCAGUGGCCGACCCAGGAAGCCGUGGGCCUGGAUGAGUCCCAGCUGCAAGCCCUGAAACUCGCCCUGACCAAGGAGCUGGCCAUCAUCCAGGGGCCUCCGGGGACAGGUGAGUCGGGCAUCCCAUCCUCUGAGGAAGAGGCGUCUGUUGCAGGAAGUGGGGUUGGGAGGGGGAGCCUUUUGCUGCAGAGGAGUUCCAGGAUCUCUCCUGGGCCCAAAACCGUAUGUAUUUAUCACAUUUACGUCCCUUGAUAGCGGGGUCCCAUAUAAACUUCGACACACGUCUGAAAGAUAACACGCACACGUUGGCAGAGUCAGCAAAAGCAGAGCUGUGGUGGUUUGUAGCAUCAAGCAUCUUUAUUUACGGCAAAGAAAUAAAAGCAACAGUUGUGUGAGCAGCUUCCUCACAUAUCCUCUCUGUUGGAGACAGAAAGAACAAAGCAGUUUAUCAGCCUGACUUCCAUUCGCACAUUCAUAAUAAAUGAAAUCAUUCGGUCUUGUGACCCUUUGCAAUAGCAACAGUGAAAAAUACUGACAAUUUCCUCCAAGGAGCUCAGGGUGCAACAUGCAGAAUUCUCCUUCCUGCUUUAUCCGCACGCCAACCCUGUGAGGUAGGCUAGGCCCAGAGGCACACUAAGUGAACUGCAAGGCUGACUUAGGGAUUUGAACCCCGUUCUCUCCCAGGUCCUUGUCUGAUGCUCCUAACCACUGUACCACCAUGCCUCUCCAGAUGGAGGCUCAGAUUUCUGCCUGAAACUGGGGUGGGUGUGAAGUGGAGCCGGCUGGCCGGCUGGAUCCUGACACCCCACAAGGCCCACUUUUCUAAAAAAAAACCCUCACUCUGGCAUCAGGUGUCUUCCUUUGCCUCAUGGGGUUUGAACCCGAGCCAAGCCCGGAGGGUGCUGCUUGCCUGCAGAUCCUGCUUGGAAUGGCAGUGAAUUGGCUGUGGCAUGGGGGAUGCGGCUUGUGACCCCCCCCCCACAGCUGCUAGCCUUUUCUUGGUGGUGGGGGGAAGGGCUGAGGCUGCAGGGGGGUUGGCAGACAGAGCUUCCUGCUUUGACGGGGCUUUUCCCACAGGGAAGACCUACGUUGGGCUGAAGAUCAUGGAAGUCCUGCUGAAAAACAAGGCCGCCCGUGGAGAGACCCCCAUCCUCGUGGUCUGCUACACCAACCAUGCCCUGGACCAGUUCCUGGAAGGUGGGGGGUCUGCCUGCCCUGGGCAGCAGCACCUUGGCCGGGUGGGGAAGGGAGAGAGAGAGAGGAGAGAAUAGAGAUUGGCAGAAUUGGAAGGGACCCUCAAGGGUCAUCCAGUCCAAUCCUCUGCAUUGCAGGAAUUACUGAGACGCCUUUGCGGGGGGAGGGUCGCCGUACGGGUGGCUGCCCAUUGUCCUGGCAGUGGCGGGAGGGUGUGGGUCCCCUGCUUAGAUAUCCCACCUUGACUUUUACGUCUCUCCCCCCCCCCCAGGAAUCCAGGCGUUCCAGCCAACGGGCAUCGUGCGAGUUGGCGGCAGGAGCAACAGUGAGAAGUUGAAGCCGUUCACCCUGCAGCAGCUGCGGGGCAGAAGCGACUUCUGGAGAGGCCUGCCUGGCCACCUCCGGUGGUCCUACAGUGACGUACGUGCGGGGGAGGGGGGAGGGGGCUGGUUUGGAGGGUGUCAUUCGUGGUGGGGGGGUUGCUUGGACUUUGUCCAGGAGAACAGCCAGAUCAGCAAAGCACAGGGAAAUGGAGGGACCCCCAAGAGUCAUCUAGUCAACCCCUGCAACGCAGAAAUCGCAGCCCAGGAACUCCUCCCGUAUGGCCACCCAGCCUCUGUUUAAAUACCUCCAAGGAAGGAGAGACUGCCCCCCUUCUGGGGGAGUCUGUUACACAGCCGGACAUCUCUUCACCUUGGAUGUUCAGGCCACAGCCAGAGCUGAGGGCUGCUUUGUCACUGGAGCGCAGCACCUGUGGAACUGCUGCCUUGGUGCUGAAAGGGAGCUCCACGCUGCCUCCCCAGACCAGGGCCAGAGCUGGAGGUUGGGCGGAGCAGAGGGACAGAGCAGGGCGCCCUUGGGGGGAGAGCAGUUGGAGGUGCCAGCAGAGGAAGGGCGGGAGCGGAGCUGCCCGGCCGGGCGCCCCCAGCUGUCCUCUGCUGGGUCUUGAUCCCUUGCUGGGCGUUGUCCGCUGGAGGGGCUGACCUGGCCUCUUUUUCCCGAGGGCAGAUCACCUGUGAGAUGCGGGAGGCCGAGUUCGAACUCAACCGAGGGGCGGCUCAGCUGGAGUGCGGGCUGCACGGGAUUCUGCACGAGAAGCACCUGCGGAGCUGCAUCUCCAGCCAGCACUGGGCGAGCCUCGUGAGGGGCCUGGUAAGGAGCAGGAGGGAUGCACCUGGGGGGGGCAUCAGAAGGCGGCCCCGCAAGAAGACACCCCACCAGGAUCUCUCCGUCUUAGGGACCAAGUGCCCCUGGGAAAGCAGAGGGGGAGCCCCCCAACUCCUCAAGGGCUUCUCCAGCCCUUCAGCUGGAAGCAACAGAGCAGGGGCCAAAGUCUUGGGCGAGAGUGUGAGCUGCUUUGGCUGCUCUGACGGGGAGGAAUUCCUCGCUGAUGGGUACUCCAGUCAUGGAAGAAACCAUCCUAUUUAUUUAUUUAUUUAUUUCAUGAAAUCGAUAGAUGCACCUGCUUGAAAUUUGAGUGUGUGUGUGUGUGUGUGUGUGUGUGUGUGUGUUUAUAUACAAAGAAACAAUCCAUAAAAAUUCAGAAUGUUGAAAGUUUCUAACCAUCGAGGUUAGGCUUAUCUAAAAAGGAAGUUUUCAGCAGGCACCAAAAAGAGCAAAGUGGCAGCGUCUGCUUGACGUCAAGGGGCAGGGAGUUCCCAAGGGCAGGUGCUGCCACACUAAACCGUCAGCACCCAGGAAAGACUCAUCGCCCUGGAGGGAGAUUUCCCCAGAAGAACCUCUGCUGCAGAGAGACCUCCUGGCUCUCUGGGAGCACGAGGCCGUUGCAAGGGUUCCCCGCCUGCCCCCGCCCCUCUCGUGGCCCCCGGCUCCUGCUUGCCUUCCUGUCUUGGGGUCCCUGGGACUGUGGCACCUGCCCACCGCUGAGCCUGUCUGAGCUGCUCCUUCUUGCUCCAGGAAGAGGACUGGAUGGAUCCAAAGCACUCUCUGAUACUGGAGUGGCUGGGACUUGGCGCCACGCCGGUUGAAAACACGGCCGAUCCAGGAUGGCCAGAAAAUGCAGGUAAGGGGCUUUCCUUUGGGCAGCUUCUGGGUGGGACAAGGAUGAGGUGGCGAGUUCGAGACACGGAAGGAGCCUGGGGCCUUCCCACUCUCUGCCGCCACCUACCAGUCUCGUUGUGGCCCUUCAGGCAUUGAGGAAGACCAGGAGGCGGAGGAAGGCCCACAGGCAGAGCCAGAGCUGCUGCAGGUCGUGGAGGAGGCAGACUUGAUUCAGCGCGAGCGGCUGCUGGACCACGAUGAGGACGGGCGGCUGCGGAGGAGGAAACCCCCCAGGCACAACCUGGACGACCUGUUUCUGGCCAUGCGGUUGGAUGAUGAGGAGAAGGGGGAGCAGAGAGCCCCACAUGGGGCAGAAAACGCUGGGUUUCAGGUAUUGGGGGGGGGGACACAGUGCGUUGCAUUGGAGGGGGUGAAAGCUCUGUUGUCGCUGCCCCUGAGGCGGGCAGGACAGGGGUUGCCCCGGCCUCCUCCUCACCUGCCCACUUGGGGUUCUCUCUGCAGCUGCAGCCGGGCCGGAAGAAGAAGAUGAAGCGACAAGCAAAGGCGGAACUGAAAAAAUGGCAGGCGAUGACCAAAGAGGAGGCCGAGGCCGUCCUGGAUGUGUGGCAGCUGAACCUCAGCUCCCGCUGGAAGCUCUACAGGUAAUUUCUGCUGCAGGGGCCUCUGGCGCCCAUGCCCACCCCCCUACACCUCCUCUGCUUAAAAACCUCCAAGGAUGGAGAGUCUACAACCUCUCAAGGAGCCCAUUCCAAUGUCAAACAGCUCUUAUGCUCAGAAAGUUAUUCCUGAUGUUGAGUCAGAGUCUCAUUUCUUGCAACUUGAAGCCACAGGUUCAAGUCCUACCCACCAAGCAGCAGAAAAUAAGCUUGCUCCCUCUUCUCAGUCCUUGAGAUACUUGAAGACAGGUCUCACAUCUCCUUUCAGCCUCCUCUGUUCCACGCCAAACAUCCCCAGUUCCUCAUAAGGCUUGGUUUACUGACCCUGGAUCAUCCUUUUAAAAUUGUGGUGCCCAGAAUUGGACACAUUAUUCCAGGUGUGGUCCGACCAAGGCAGCAUAGAGUGGGACUAUGACUUCCCUUGAUCUGGACACUCCACCUCUGUGGAUUCACAUUUUUUGCUGCUCCAUCACACAGUUGGCUCGUGUUCAGCUUGUGAUCCUUUUCACACGUGCCACUAGUAAGCCAGGCGUCCCCCCUCCUAUGUUGGUGCCCCUGGUUCUUUCUGCCUAAGGGCAGAGCCUGAUCUUUGUGCCGCACAGGUACUGGUUGCAGAAGCACCAAGCUGAGAUCCAGCGCGAGAUGGUGCAGCACAAAGAGAAGUACCAGGCGGCGGCCGACAGGCUGGCUGAGCUUCGCCAGCACCAGGACCUCUGUGUCUUCAGGACAGCCCAGAUCGUGGGCAUGACGACCACAGGUGAGGAGGAGGCUGUGCAGCAAGCUGCCCCACACACCCUGGGGGGCCCACCUGUGACGGGGGGGGGAGAGAGAGAAGAGGAGCCUCUCUCACCUGUGCCCAGCUGCAACACAACACGCCUGCAGGGCUGCCCGUGGGCCUUACUCUUGGUAGUUGCUGCCGUUGCCCUCACACUUCCUCCAAUUGGAGGCAGAAGCCUGGCUUGGAGGCAGAGGGGGCAGAGAUCAGGGCGUCCCCUCACCCCCCCCGUCUCACCCCAGGAGCCGCUCGGUACCGCCAGGUCCUGCAGCAGGUGGCCCCUCGCGUGGUCAUUGUGGAAGAGGCGGCUGAAGUCCUUGAGGCCCACGUCAUCACCACGCUGAGCAGGGCCUGCCAGCACCUCAUCCUCAUUGGAGACCACCAGCAGGUAGGUGGGUGGGUGGGCCAGAUGAGGGGCGGGGCCUGCUGGCCUUGGGCCCCACCCCUUCUCCCCCGCCCCCCACCCCACAGGCUCCAUCUUCCUUCUUUCCUUGCAGCUGCGCCCCAGCGCCAACGUCUACGACCUGGCCAGGAACUUCCACCUGGAGGUUUCUCUCUUUGAGCGGCUGGUGAAGGUCGGCCUUCCCUUCGUCCGCCUCGCUUUCCAGGUGAGGCACAAGCAGGGCCCCCCCCCGGCCCCCUCCCCUUGCUCGCUCUGUGGAGGCUGCUGGAUCAGGCCAAAGGGGGCUCAGCCGGUCCAGCGGCCUCGCCUCCGAGAGGCCCAGCAGAUCUCCAAAGGGAAACCCACAAAGUUGGGAUCUGGGUGCAAGAGCACUGGCUCCCCUGGGGGGGGCGGUUUCCAGCAGCUGGGAUUGGGAAGCAUUGACAGCCUCCAAAUGGGGGUUUCUCUCUUUCACGCACAAGCGAGGAAAGAGGGGAGAAGAGCUGGGAGCCUUUCCUGCCUGGCUGGGGGCAGCCCCAGCCCCUGGCUACUCUCCUCUAGGGUGGGCGGCCCAGAGGCAGCCAGACAUGGUUCGCCCCUCAGACCCUGAAGCAGAGAAGGGCGGUGGCCGCCUGAGGCAGCCCCUCUUUCCGUGAGGGCGGUUGCCUUCCCCCCUCCAUCUCCUCUCCCUCGGCUUGCCCUUUUGCAGCACCGCAUGAGGCCAGAGAUCGCCCAGCUGCUCACCCCUCACAUCUACCAGGACCUGGAGAACCAUCCCUCGGUGCUCCGCUACGAGAACAUCAAGGUGAGCAUCUCUCCCCUCCCCUCGCCUCCGCCUGGCUGGCUGGCAGCCUUUGGCCCGGAGACUCUGCCUUGCCAGCUCAGCAGCCUCCUCUCCUCUCCUCCUCUCUGCUCAGGGCGUCUCCUCCAACCUUUUCUUCGUGGAGCACAGCUUCCUCGAGCAGGAGAUCCAGGAGGGCCGCAGCCACCAGAACCAGCACGAGGCCCAGUUUGUGGUGGAGCUGUGCCGCUACCUGCUGCACCAGGGCUACCAGCCCUCCCAGAUCAGCAUCCUCACCACCUACACAGGGCAGCUCUUUUGCCUGCGCCGCUUGCUGCCGGCCAAGGACUUCCAGGGCAUCAAGGUCCACGUGGUGGACAAGUACCAGGGGGAGGAGAACGACAUCAUCCUGCUCUCCCUGGUGCGCAGCAACCUGGCGGGGCGGGUGGGCUUCCUGCAGAUCCCCAACCGCAUCUGCGUGGCCCUUUCCCGCGCCAAAAAGGGCCUCUACUGUGUGGGCAACAUGGGCAUGCUCCGCCAGGUGCCCCUCUGGAGCAGGAUCCUGCACACUCUGCGCGAGAAGGGCCACGUGGGCCGGGCGCUGCGCCUGGCCUGCCAGAACCACCCGCAGACCAAGACGGACGUGGUGCAGGCAGAGGACUUCCGCCAGGUGCCCGAGGGGGGCUGCAGCGUCCCUUGCGACACCCGCCUGGGCUGCGGCCACGUCUGCCCCCGGGCGUGCCACCCCUAUGACCCGCAGCACAAGGAGCUCCGCUGCUUGAAGCCCUGCCAGAAGGUGCUGUGUGACAACGGGCACCGCUGCCCCCAGCUGUGCUGUGAGCCCUGCGGGAAGUGCCAGGUGAAGGUGCCCAAGACGGUGCCCAGGUGCGGCCACCAGCAACAGGUCCCCUGCUCGAUGGCUGCCGAGGAUUUCUGCUGCAAGGAGCCCUGCGGGAAAACCCUGGAGUGCGGGCAUGCCUGCCGGCUCACCUGCGGCCAGCAGUGCAAGAGGCGCUGCCCAGAGCUGGUCCUGGCGACGCUGCCAUGUGGGCACAGCCAGGAGGUGCCAUGUUCAGCAGCGUCAGAGAUGGCAUACGGGCUUCCCAUCCACUGCAAGACGAAGUGUGACAGCGUCCUGGAGUGUGGGCAUCGUUGCCCAGGCUCGUGCCACGCUUGCUUUGGGGGCCGCUUCCACCAGCCGUGCCAGAGCCCCUGCAAGCGCCCGCUGGUUUGCGGCCACCAGUGCCGCCAGCCCUGCACCAGGGACUGCCCCCCGUGCCGCCAGCCCUGCCAGAACCGCUGCGUCCAUAGCCGCUGCCCCAAGCAGUGCGGGGCGCCCUGCUCGCCCUGCAUGGAGCCCUGCGAGUGGCGCUGCCAGCACCACCAGUGCAGGCGCCUGUGCUCUGAGCCCUGUGACCGGCCGCGCUGCGACGUGCCCUGCCCCAAGCACCUCCCUUGCGGGCACCCCUGUGCCGGGCUGUGUGGGGAGCCCUGCCCGCAGAAGUGCCUGACCUGUGACGCGGAGGAGCUGACGCAGAUCUUCUUUGGCUGCGAGGAUGAGCCGGACGCCCGCUUUGUGCAGCUGGAGGACUGUGGGCACAUCUUCAGUGCGCUGGGCCUCGACCGCUACAUGGAUGGCGACGAGGAGGAAGAGGAAGGGGCUGUCCGGCUGAAGGUGUGCCCCAGCUGCCAGACGCCCGUCCGGAAGAGCCUGCGCUACGGCACGCUGGUGAAGAGGAGCCUGGCAGAGGUGGAGGUGGUGAAGGGGCGCAUGCAGGGCAGCUCGGCAGAGAUCGCCUCGGGCGCCCUCCAGCUGAUGAGGGCACUCCAGCAGGAGACCACCCUGAGGCGCUACCUGACCAGGCAGCACAAGCAGCUGAGGGAGAGGCUGGAGGACGACUCCCUCUCCGCCAGCACCCUGGGGCUGGUGGAGACCCUCUUUGGCUUCUACGCGCAGGUGGCAGGCUUGAUGGCCAAUGUAGGAAAGUUGGCGCAGCAGGAGCAGGAGGGCGUGAGGAGGCGCCUGGCCGAGGUGGCCGGCUGGCUAGACCAGCCCCGCGACAGCUUCAGCGGGCAGCAGGUGUCUGAGCUGCGCACCGAGCUGCGGCGGAUGACCUACCUGGUGGAGCUCCUGGCAAGGUGCAGCACCGCUGGGGAGAAGGCCAGCCGGGCCCCCGGCACAGCGGAGCUGGUCAGCGCGGCCCGGAAGGUCCUGGAGGGGCCUGGCAGGUUCACCCCCGAGGCCGAGAGAGAGGCGAAGGCCAAGCUGAAGGAGCUGGAGGCCGUCCUGCCCACCGUCGCCGGGCUGGGCAUCUCCGAGGAGGAAAGGAAGCAGAUUGUGGCGGCCGUCAGCGGAGCCACCCGCGGGCACUGGUUCAAGUGCCGCAACGGGCACUUCUACGUCAUUGGCGAGUGCGGGGGGGCCAUGGAGACGACCCGCUGCCCGGAAUGCCGGGAGACCAUUGGGGGCGAGCACCACACGCUGGAGUCCAGCAACCGGCUCGCCCCUGAGAUGGACGGGGCAACCCACGCUGCCUGGUCCGAGGAGGCCAACCGCUUGAACGUGAAUAAUUACCUGCGCUAGGAGGCCGGCCCCCCCUCACGGGAGCUGCUUUCCAUAAAAUAUUUUAAUAUUUUUAUCACGUAUUAAUAUUUUUUACCACGUUUGGGCCCCCUAUCAUGGUGGACUUGGUUCAAUGAAACAGUUGCAGAGCUUUUAACAUGACAGCAGUGGGUGAGAUGAAGCAAACAGGAAGGUGAGCAGGUAAAGGCAACUCGGGUAUCUGCUCUUUGCUGUCUCUCCUCACCUGCCCUGCAGCUCCAGGAGCCACCACCUGCUUCCCGCCUGCUCUGUCUUUUCCAAAGAAGCAAGAUGACAAGUGUCAAAGUGCUUUUACAAUCAAGUAGUCUAUCGCUUUUGUGAAACAGAUAAUGACCCUGGGUUGUCGGAGGGGCUGAGACUGGGCAGCGCAGGGCCCCACUCUCUGCUCAUGGCACCCCUGUCCUGACAACCCUCUGCCUGCCAGAUUUUACUGUUGCAAAUAAAUUUGUCAUAGCGGAUCCCCCGU